GCGCGCCGCUCGUUCCGGAAGGGGCCUUCACCGACGUCCGGGAGGGAGAUCGGGGAGGCCAGUGAAGUGAUGCGGAAAACAGAGAGAGGAAGAAAGAAAAAAAAAAGUUGCGCACCCUCAGGACUGUCUGGAACAGGGCAUUGGGACACUGCCUUCACAAGUGGUAGCGCGUUCUGCCUUUGAUAACCAUUUCGCACAGCCUUCACAAGCGGGAUACCGACGAGCGCGUUGUCUAGGCAACGUCCAAACACUCUCUGGGCCAAAAUGGACACAUGGCCACUGGAACCGGAGGAGAGCGACGAAACGGACCCGGCUGACCUCAGUACACCAGCGUUCUUUAAGCGCUCAGAACUCGAUUCCUUAAGAGCGCAAGAGGAACAGCGCACGGCGCAAGAAGAGUGGGACAAAGUAACGAAUGUUGUCGGUAUAGGGGCUGUGACGUAUUGUUCACGAAUUAUUACGUACGAGGAAGCACUUUGCUACUUCAAGGAGAAAGACCUGAGUUCCUACAUGACCACCAUCAGGCCUGUGAUCCAGCGCAGAGGUAUCAAACUGAUUUUACAUUGCCUUUUCGGUCCGCCGCGCUUGAAGUUGGGGCUAGUGCCGGCUAGAGACUUCACAUUCGCCUUGGCCCAGUGUCCAUUCGAUAACGACAAUACGCUGCAUUUGGAGAUUCUGCAGACAAUCUACAGGAAACUUACAAACACUGUAUACGACUGCCCGAGGUACGGCAGUCACUGGGAGAGAAUCGGAUUCCAAGGAAACGACCCGGCCACUGAUUUGAGAGGCGUUGGUGUACUUGGUAUUCUACACCUUCUGUUCUUGACUACAGGCUUUGGGAAUAUAGAACUCGUUAAUGACAUUUACAGCCUCUCACGCGAUCGAGACCAGAACUUCCCGUUUGCUCUAAUGAGCCUAAACAUCACGAAGAUGUCCAUAGAGGCGCUGAGGGAGGAGGUACUGAACAGGUGCUGCAACGAAAGAAAUGACGUCACGCAUGUUGUGAACGAGUUUUACGCUGGUACAUUUUUGCUGCUCUACCUGUCUUGGAAGAACAAAAAGCUGACGAUUAAGGAUUCCGGGUUCAUUUUGAAAGAUACAUCGUUUUUCGCAAAGAAGAAACCCGGAUUCGUGCUUCGGAAUUUGAGGGAGUACCAGGAGGAGCAGAGUUCCUUGACGACUUCGCAGGUGUUCACAAACUUGGCGGCAAUUGAAGCUCAAUGAGGCAACUGUAGAGCGCCGUCAAUCCGCACUUACCGUGCGUGACAAUCAACAAUUAAUUUGGUAUAUGCGCCACAUAAAUACAUCUGUGUAAGGAAUGAUGUGGCUCAAACAAUGAAAGCGCAGUGUGAGUCCCCAUGAAAACGGUAGGAGAAAAGAAAACCACUGCGCAUACUGAGAAUGUCGUGUCCCAAAAGCACUCCAGGCGUGUUUACGUGGAUUGC